CACCUUCACAAAUCAUCACCAAUUCACCAUCCACUUCUAAAACCUUAAUACCUCUAAUAUCUCUCUCUUCCCGCUUUUUCUCCAAAACCCUAAUUUCUCCUUGUCGAAGCUAAAACCUCCCUUAAAAAAAUGGCUAAAAAGAACAAGCAGAAGCCUCCGCAAGACCCCAAACCUAGCCAGGAGGAAGAAAAGAAACAAGUAGAGCGCAAGGGAGAGGAAGUAGAGGAUGAAGAAGAAGAGAAAAGCUUCGAAGACUUGGGCCUCGACCAUCGAUUACUCCGAGCUCUUAUCAAGAAAGGCGUUGGCAAGCCUUUUCCGAUUCAACGUGUUGCAAUCCCUCUCAUUCUACAAGGGAAAGACGUGGUAGCUCAAGCUAGAACAGGCACUGGCAAAACCUUUGCAUAUCUUCUUCCGUUACUUCAGAAGCUGUUUCCGUCGGAUUCCGGUUCAAAAUCCCGGCUUGCUCCAGGCGGUUUCAUCCUCGUUCCCUCGCGUGAAUUAUGUCAACAGGUUUAUAAAGAGGCCGUAUCAUUGGUUGAACUAUGUAGAGUUCAAUUGAAAAUUGUGCAGUUAACCGGUGGAAUGCCAGCUUCUGAUUUGCGAGCUGCAUUGGCAGGGGCUCCUGAUAUUUUGGUAACCACGCCAAAGUGCAUAAGGGAUUGCUUGGCUGCUGGAUUACUUCAGCCUGCUUCUAUCAGUGAAUCACUCGAAAUUCUAGUCCUUGAUGAGGCUGAUCUUUUGUUGCAAUUUGGCUUUGGAGAUGAUCUUAAAGCUCUUACUCCUGCCAUUCCUAGAAGUUGUCAAUGCCUUCUAAUGUCUGCUACCUCAAGCCCUGAUGUUGACCAACUUAAAAAGCUGAUUUUGCACAAUCCAUUCGUUUUGACGUUGUCAGAAGUAGAUGUUAAAGAUGAGGUUAUCUCAAAAAAUGUUCAGCAGUUCUGGAUUUCAUGCAGUGCAAGUGAUAAGUUACUUUAUGUUCUUGCUCUCCUAAAGUUAGAGUUGGUGUUGAAGAAGGUUUUGAUUUUUACUAACACUAUUGGGGCUGGUUUCAGAUUGAAACUAUUCUUUGAAAAGUUUGGAAUCAGGUCUGCUAUAUUGAAUGCUGAGUUGCCUCAGAACUCUCGUCUACAUAUCCUGGAGGAAUUCAAUGCUGGGCUUUUUGAUUAUUUGAUUGCAACUGAUGACAGCCAAACAAAAGAGAAGGAACAAGUUAACAGGGACAAAGACAUGGACUCAAGGAAGUCCAGAAAAGGUGCUAAGCCAAAAAUUGACUCUGAGUUUGGUGUUGUGAGGGGAAUUGACUUCAAAAAUGUCUACACCGUUAUAAAUUUUGAUAUGCCUUCAAGUGCUUCAGGAUAUGUACAUCGUAUUGGACGAACUGGAAGAGCAUAUAGUGCUGGUGCUUCUGUUUCUCUUGUUUCACCAGAUGAGAUGGAAAUUUUUGAAGAAAUUAAAUCCUUCUUGGGUGAAGAAGACAUUGGCACAAAUACUAUCAUGCCAUUUUCACUGUUGACCAAGGAUGCGGUGGAGUCUUUACGAUACAGAGCUGAGGAUGUGGCAAGGAGUGUGACAAGAGUUGCUGUUAGAGAAUCACGAGCUCAGGAUUUAAGGAAUGAAAUUCUCAACUCUGAAAAGUUGAAGUCUCAUUUUGAAGUAAAUCCGAGAGAUCGAGAUUUAUUGAAACAUGAUAAGGUUCUGAGCAAGGAACCUCCUGCACCUCAUCUUCGUGAUGUGCCCGACUAUCUAUUAGACCAAAAGACACGUGAUGCCAGCAAAAUGGUCAAGCUUACUAGAGCCGCGAUGGGAGAUAACAAAUCCAGUCGUCGCCAGGGAGCCAAGAAAAGAUUCAGAAAAAGCAGGGAUCCUCUCAAGAGCUUUUCUGCUGAGGCACCGAAGAGAGUCGGCAAAGAUGGGGUGAAAGGAGAGAGAAAAGGUUUGGAUUAUACCCAUAAAUCCAAAAAGCAAAAAGCUGUUUGAUUAUUCUGUACAACAAUGUCUGCUUAUUGCCGCAGGCAAAAAUUUUGUUCUUUUCAUUUAUUCGAAAACUGUUGUUUUCUUUUUUCAAGUUUCGUUUUGUCUGGAUUUUGUUUACCCCUUGUCUGAAGAGAAGAUAAACACCUUUCAAUUAAUGUAAUUGUCUACUACUUUUUUGCCGAA